AUGGGCAAGGCGGCGCGCUGGAUCCGGGGCUUCCUAGGAGGCGGCGGUAAGAAGGAGCAGAGCAAGGACCAGAAGCCGAUACCUCCGCCAACCAAUGCCAAGCGGUGGAGUUUCGGCAAGUCGUCGCGGGACUCGGCGGAGGCCGCUGCCACCGCUGCGGCUACGUCGGCGCGCGGGGGCAACGUUGCGAUCGCGAGGGCGGCUGAGGCGGCCUGGCUCAGGUCGGUGUACGACGAGACGGAGCGGGAGCAGAGCAAGCACGCCAUCGCCGUGGCGGCCGCCACCCAAGCGGCGGCCGACGCAGCCGUGGCUGCGGCCCAUGCCGCCGUCGCUGUCGUGCGGCUCACCAACAAGGGCCGCGCCGCCCACGCCGGCGAGCACCGCGGACCGGCGGCCGCGGCGGUCCGGAUCCAGACGGCAUUCCGAGGCUUCUUGGCUAAGAAGGCGCUGCGUGCGCUCAAGGCGCUCGUGAAGCUGCAGGCGCUGGUGCGCGGCUACCUCGUGCGAAAGCAGGCGGCCGCCACGCUGCAGAGCAUGCAGGCGCUGGUGCGCGCGCAGGCCAGCAUGCGCGCCCACCGCGCCGUCGCCAGCGCCGCUCUCCCGCAGCUCCACCAUUCUUCUUUCCGGCCGCGCCGCUCCUUGCAGGAGCGGUACGCGGACGACACGCGGAGCGAGCACGGGGUGGCGGCGUACAGCCGGAGACUGUCGGCGAGUAUCGAGUCGUCGUCCUACGGGUACGACCGGAGCCCCAAGAUCGUGGAGAUGGACACCGGCAGGCCCAAAUCUCGGUCGUCGUCGCGCCGGGCGAGCUCCCCGCUGCUCGACCCGUGCGAGGAGUGGUGCGCCGCCGCCAACCCCAUGUCGUCGCCGCCGCUGCUGCCGUGCCACAUGCCAGGCGGCGCGCCGCCCCGCAUCGCCGUGCCGACCCCGCGCCACCUCCCGGAGUACGACUGGUGCGCGAUGGAGAAGGCCCGGCCGGCGACGGCGCAGUGCACGCCGCGGUACAUGAACGCGAACGCGCCGGCCACCCCGACCAAGAGCCUGUGCGGCGGCGGCUACUCGUCGUCGUCUCUGCUCAACUGCCCCAGCUACAUGUCCAGCACGCAGUCGUUCGAGGCAAAAGUGCGGUCGCACAGCGCGCCGAAGCAGCGGCCGGAGCCCCCCACGAACAGGAAGCGGGUGCCGCUGAGCGAGGUGGUGGUGGUGGAGUCCCGGGCCAGCCUGAGCGGGGUCGGAAUGCAGCGGUCGUGCAACCGGGUGGAGGAGGCGUUCAACUUCAAGACGGCCGUUGUCGGCCGCCUCGACCGCCCGUCGACGGGGGCCGUCGAGAAUGACCGGCAAGCGUUCUUGCAGAGGAGGUGGUGA